AUGUGAAUAAAUUUUAAAAUACAGAAAGAGCGUAUAAAAAACCAAGCUUCUAUCUCGCUUCAGUGAACUUCCUUUGUGUAGAAUGAGAAAAUUUUGGGCGAUUCUUUUAAUCGGCACCCACCGAUAAUUAUAUAUAGAAAACUUUUUAUGUUAGAUUAGUUGUCGUUCGUCAGCGAAUCGCUGUGGUUGCUUCUGAAAUGGGAAUAAUGUGUUCUGGAACUGGUCUGGGCGUUCUGCUGUUUGGCCUGGCUUUGCUAUUCAGCGUUAGUGCCGAUGAAGGGGUUCAAAGUUCACGCAUAUUGGCCGUGUUUCCCUUUCCCGGCCGAUCGCAGUACAUAUUUGCCGAGCAGUAUCUCAAGGAACUGGCCCAAAGAGGUCACAAUGUCACAGUGAUCAAUACCUUCGGCAGCGAUAAAUCAGAGCCCAACUUUCGGGUAAUUGGUGCCAAAAAAAUUCACGAAAUAAUGGCAGCAUUUGGAAGUCUGAUUUUCAACCAGGAGGCAAGUCAAUGGACUACCUUGACAAUGACAACGGAGUUCCUCAAUAUUAUGACCACAAGUGUUCUGGAUGAUCCGGCUGUUAAGGAUUUGCUGGCCAGCGGAGAGAGUUUCGACCUGGUUGUCAUGGAAACGGUUCAAACCGAGGCGCUCUUUGGUUUAGCCCAACAUUUUGGCGCCCAGACCAUAGGCAUCUCAUCGUACGGAACAGACACUCAUAUCGAUGAGUUGAUGGGCAACAUUUCGCCAUUAUCCUACAAUCCCAUGCUGCUGUCAUCGCGAACCGAGCGAAUGGGUUUCGAGGAUCGUCUACGGAAUGUGUGGGAAGCUACGAUAAUGUGGCUGCACAAGAGAAUUGUCCACCUGCCCACUCAGCGGGAUUUGUAUGCCAAAUACUUUCCAAAUGCCAGAAAAUCACUGGAGGACGUUUUGGAUAGCUUUUCGCUGAUGCUGCUGGGUCAGCACUUUUCGCUGAGCUAUCCACGUCCCUACUUGCCCAAUAUGAUUGAAGUCGGUGGACUGCAUUUGCAACAGCAGCAAAAGGUUAAGGCUUUACCCAAAGAAGUGGCGGAAUUUGUGGAGCAAUCGGCUGAGGGUAUUAUCUACUUCUCCAUGGGUUCCAACAUCAAAAGCGCCGAUUUGCCGCCAGCCACUCGCAAAGUUCUGAUGGAAACCUUUGCCAGCCUGCCUCAGCGUGUUCUGUGGAAAUUCGAAGACGAUCAGCUGCCUGAAAAGCCAUCGAAUGUGUUUAUUAGCAAGUGGUUUCCCCAACCGGACAUCCUGGCCCAUCCGAACGUGAAGCUUUUCAUCACCCACGGCGGUUUGCUGAGCACCAUUGAGAGCAUAUAUUUUGGUAAACCCGUCUUGGGUCUGCCAGUUUUCUAUGAUCAACACUUGAAUGUCCAGAGGGCCAAGCAGGCGGGCUAUGGUCUUAGUGCGGAUAUAUGGAGUACCAAUGCCACAGAGCUCACUACUCUGAUUCAGGAACUUCUGAAUAAACCCAGUUAUGCGGCAGCAGUUCAGAUUAAAUCGAAAUUAUUCCGGGAUCAGAAGGAAACCGCUUUGGAGCGAGCCAUUUGGUGGACCGAAUACGUUUUGAGGCACAAGGGCGCCAACCACUUGAGAUGUGCCUCCCGGGAUCUGGACUUCAUACAGUUUCAUGGUCUGGAUACCUGGGGACUGAUCGUCGCAGUCGCUUUAGUGUCUCUACUGAUCUUCGUGAUUGCACUGAACUGCCUGCUGAGGGGUCUCAGUUAUAUCAUCUCAAAGCGUCGUCAGGGGUCGAGUAAAUUGAAGAGCCAGUAACCAAUUAAAUUCCAUUAACUAGUCGAGUUCAUGCCGCCACCGAUCUUUAUGUAUGAAAUUAUUUGUUCUGUUAUUAGCACUUGUAAACAUUAUAAUACUUACUAAGAA